GGUUAUUUGUAUUUCAACAUGGCGGACGGCAUGGAUGGUGACUUGGAUUCGACUGUGGCGUCAGUUUUGUCCUUAGCAGAGAAAAGCAAUAAAGAGAAAUAUAGAUCAAUAGAGGUCACAAAGGAUGUAGAGCCAGACCUAGAUAUUGGGAAUUUAUUAGCUACAGAUCUUCAGCCUGUUGAUGGACAAGAAUUUAGGAAAAAUAAAGAGGACUUUCUUAGAAAUCUUGCCAGAGAUAAUACGCAGCUGCUGUUGAAUGCUAUUUGGAAGCUUCCGCACGAAAGAUCUGAAGGAGUUGUUAUUGUAAAGCUACCUGAGCCAUAUACGGUUAUUCCCAGAGAAAAACCAAUCCCAAAACCAAAACUGCCCUCAAAAUGGGAAGAAUUUGCCAAAAGAAAGGGCAUCACAAAAAAGAAACGUGAGAGGAUGAUUUUAGAUAAAAACACUCAAGAAUGGAAGCCACGUUUUGGAUACAAAAGAGGAAAUGAUGAAACUCAGGAGUGGCUUUUGGAGGUUCCUCAGAAUGCAGAUCCAUAUGAAGACCAGUUUGAGAAAAAAUUUGAAGCAAAGAAGGAAAGAGUUGCUAAGAAUGAAUACCAAAGGCUGAGAAACAUAGCAAGAAACAGAAAGAUUUCUGUUCCAAAUAAAGAUCUUGCCCCUUCAUCUGGACGACAAAGCAAAGAACAGAUCUCAGAAAAGUUAAACAUCAGCAGACUCUCUACUGCAUCAUUGGGAAAAUUUACUGAAAAACUGCGUGAUGAAAAGAUUUCAAGGAAAACUGGAAAGAAGCGAAAGUUCGAGCCUGUUGUGGGUGACUUGUCAAAUGAACGAAGCCGAAGCAGAGAACUGGCAGAGAAAAUAGCCAGAAUAGGUCCCCUUGAUGUCAAUAAGGCAGUAAACCAACACAUAACAGAAGUACAGAAAAGGUAGGCAAACUGCCACCAGAGUUAAAGUGUAAUGUAAAAGAACCGAUUUAUUUAAGUAUCGGUCAAAGGUAACAUGACAGUCUCCACUCGAAAAUUAAAUUAAUACUUGAACAGUUAGAGGAUCAAGAGUUGAGUACGGAGACUGACC